GGUCGCUGCUGUCGCGACACCGGCCACCAUUACACGGUGCUCGUCGGUGUUGUUGUGUCGAGGCUGUAUCUCGCACGUGCUCGGCGCGGCAUCGCCAUGGUGUCCCUGAAGCCAUCGGGAGGGGAGGCUGCUCCCUGCCCCGGGAAUCCUCCUAGCUUCAUGUUGAACAUGAGCCUUGUUAUGAUCAUUGAGAAUGUAAAGUUGGCCCGUGAAUAUGCCUUACUGGGAAAUUAUGACUCUGCAAUGGUCUACUACCAGGGAGUUCUUGACCAAAUGAAUAAGUAUCUGUACUCUGUGAGAGAUGCCUAUCUGCAGCAGAAAUGGCAACAGGUUUGGCAGGAAAUAAGUGUGGAAGCUAAGCAUGUGAAAGAUAUAAUGAAAACACUGGAGAGUUUUAAAUUAGACAAUACUCCAUUGAAAGCCUCACAACAAGAAUUACCAGCUCAUGAUGCAGAAGUCUGGUCUUUGCCAGUACCUGCUGAACGUAGACCUUCGCCAGGACCCAGAAAGCGUCAGUCUGUUCCAUGCAGUGAUUGCCGAGGUCACAAUAAUCGUGUAAGUGCAGCUGUCAGAGGCCCUCACCGUCCAUCCUCUCGAAAUCCCAAUGAUAAAGGGAAGGCAGUCCGCAGCCGGGAAAAAAAGGAUCAACAAAAUAAAGGAAAAGAGGAAAAGAACAAAUCCACAUCUGAGAUUUCAGAGUCUGAACCAAAGAAAUUUGAUAGUACUGGAUACGACAAAGAUUUAGUAGAAGCUUUGGAAAGAGAUAUAAUUUCUCAGAACCCCAACAUUCGAUGGGAUGACAUUGCUGAUUUAGUAGAAGCCAAAAAGCUGCUUAAGGAAGCUGUAGUUUUACCCAUGUGGAUGCCAGAGUUUUUUAAGGGAAUUAGAAGACCGUGGAAGGGAGUUCUGAUGGUUGGUCCUCCUGGUACUGGAAAGACCCUCCUAGCAAAAGCUGUAGCCACUGAAUGCAAGACUACUUUUUUCAAUGUUUCUUCUUCCACACUUACCUCAAAAUACAGAGGAGAAUCUGAAAAACUUGUUCGUCUGCUGUUUGAAAUGGCUCGAUUUUAUGCCCCAACAACUAUAUUUAUUGAUGAGAUAGACUCUAUCUGUAGUCGAAGGGGAACUUCGGAGGAGCACGAAGCCAGCAGACGUGUGAAGGCAGAGCUCCUGGUUCAAAUGGAUGGUGUCGGAGGGGCUACUGAAAAUGAUGAUCCUUCUAAGAUGGUCAUGGUACUUGCUGCUACUAAUUUUCCUUGGGAUAUUGAUGAAGCCCUAAGACGGAGACUAGAAAAGAGAAUUUACAUUCCUUUACCAUCAGCAAAAGGUAGAGAGGAACUCCUAAAAAUAAAUCUGCGAGAGCUGGAACUGGCUGAUGAUGUUGACCUUGCAAACAUAGCUGAGAAAAUGGAAGGUUAUUCAGGUGCAGACAUCACCAAUGUAUGCAGAGAUGCAUCAUUGAUGGCUAUGAGAAGGCGUAUUGAAGGCUUGACACCAGAAGAAAUAAGAAAUCUUCCCCGAGAUGAAAUGCACAUGCCAACAACUAUGGAAGACUUUGAAAUAGCUUUGAAGAAAGUUUCUAAAUCGGUAUCUGCUGCGGACAUUGAGAAAUAUGAGAAAUGGAUAGCUGAAUUUGGAUCAUGUUGAGUUGUCUUCUCUUUAUGUCUUAAAACAGCUUUAGAUGUAAUCAGUGGUGUUUCAGUGCACUGCUGCUCUUUUUAACUUUUGUAAUUUAAGAGCAACAGAUGUCUCAAUAAAUUUUUUUUAAAUGCAAA